AUGCUCUACGGUGGUCCCUUGGGCACUUACCUGAGCGGUUACUACGCUCCAGGGAGCGCAAAAAGUGGCAGUCCAAGUUUCACGAGCACUGGAAGUGGACCGUCUUCAAGCAGUGGAUUGAUCCGUCCUAGAGGUGGUCGUUAUCGUGCUCCAUCGGCCUAUGGUGUCGCCAGCAGUGGAAAUAACUCCUCUGGCUCCCUCUCCACUCCAUCUUCAAGUAGAUCAACUUUCUACACACCACAAACUCGAAGGAGAUACUCUGAUGAUAGCACAGAGGCGUCAGCGCCUAGUCGAUCGCGCUACACGACGGCAGGAAAUCCGGCGAAUAGCAACAGCAGUGGUGGUGGUGGUGGUAACAACAACAGCAACAAUACCGCCACCAGCGGUUACUACUCGCGACCUUCACCCAGCUACACCUCCACCCCCUCCACUAGCAGUCCCGCCACUGUUGCCUCCGCGGUCUCUCCUCCUCCUUCCUCCUCCACUAGUGCCGCGGAGUCGAGCCUGGACUACAAGCGCCUCUACGAGGCCGAGCGUCAGGACACGCUAGAACUGCGAGCGCAAAUAGAUCGUGCCCAGCAAGAGUUACGGGAGCUGCGCGCUCAAGUUGAAGAGGCUCGUCGGUUACCAUCACAACAACAGCAGAAGCAGCAGCAACAUCAACAACAACAAAAGCCACACCAGCAGCACUGCAACGAUGCAGAUCAGCGAACCCUGGAAGAGCUCCGCGCCUCGGCGGAAAAGCUAAAGGCUGAACACCGAGCGCUAACUCGAGUGAUUUCCCGUCUCAUGUGA